CACUCACCCAAACACAAACACAACCCACCCACCUACCCGUCCGCGCGCGCCUAAGCGUCCAUCACGAAUAUGGGUGGCGAUCUCAACCUGAAGAAGUCAUGGCAUCCACAUUUGCGCAAGAACCAGGAACGAGUAUGGAAGGAGGAAAAGGCCGCGCUCGAGGAGCGCAAGUUGAUCGACAAGCUCCGUCGAGAACGCGAGGAAGAGGCCGCAGUUGAAGAACUACAGAAACUGCAGGCCGAAUCUGGGGGCAAGGUUGUGCAGCGCAGGGUCGACUGGAUGUAUGCUGGGCCCAGCGGCGAUGCUGGCGUCACCGAAGAGCGCGAAGGCUACCUCCUUGGCAAGCGCAGGAUCGACAACCUCCUCAAAUCAAACGACACACAGAGUCUGCAGAAAGGCGCAGCAGUCGGGAUCGGCGCCGGUAGUGAUCCCAGCGCGACCUUGACCAACACCCGCGAUACGCAGAAAAAGGUUCUCCAAGAUCCACUGCUGAUGAUACAAAAGCAGAAAAUGGAAAUGCAGCUCAAGGCAAUGAAGGACGCCCAGAAGGAAGCCAAGUACGCCGAAAAGCGGGAGAAGGAAAAGGAACGUGAGAGAAGACAUCGACACAGAGACAGAGACGGCAGCAGGGACCGACACAGGGACAGGGAGAGGAGUAGAGACCGGGAACACAAACAUCGCAGCCGGCACCACCACCGAUCACGCUCGCCACGCAGAAGUGAAGACCGUGGGCACCGUCGCGAACACCAUAGCCAUCGAAGGCGAUCAAAAUCGCGGUCACGGUCGCCGUAUCACAAGCACAGUAGCCGAAGAGAUCGCACGCGCUCACCACCCAGAAGGGAUGAUCGUGGAGAUUUCCGGGAACGCGACAGCUACCGAUGGCGUGAUCGCUCACCUCCCAAGAAGCAAUCAGAUGAUGCAGAGGCCCGCCAAAGUGCGGCCGAUCGUCUCGCUAGUAUGCAAGCAGAAGCAACAUCAUUAGAGGAGCAGCGGGCUGAACGAGUUCGGCAACAAGAGAUCAAGGAUGCCGAGGAGGAUGCGAAGCUCAAGAAAAACAUGGACGGCGGACGACGCUUCAUCUCCAAUAUCCGCGGACAGGCAUCGAACAUGGAUCUGGGCGAUGCUAUUGCUCGUGGACGUCAGAACUUGAGGACGGAAGUAGAUGAUUAGCGUUUUGAUUUCAGAGUUAUUUACUCGGCUUGGUCAGCGGACAGAUGGUAAAUUGAUACCCAGGGCAGAGUCUUGUUAAUGUUGGAAUUGAGAUGCUAGUGAUUUAGUCAAUACUACUUCUACUACC